ACUGUAUACGGAAAAAAAUCUCACUUUCUUGAUCAUCACACCAUCUUCCUAUCUCGGUAUAUCAAUCAACAUUUCAUUGGCUGCCCCGUGGGUGCCACAUUCUAAAGGCUUGGCUCUCCCGCAAUGUGACCCAAGUAUUGGGUUAAGUGGCUCAGCCUUGUUGAUCUUGGACGUAACGCUCGUCUUACGUAGAGACGCCGAAUAGAAUGGCAUACGAGAUACCACUGAGCGAUACCUGGUGAUUUAAUACUUAAUAAAUCAAUCCCGCUUAAAAUGAGGCAUUUUAUUUCCUGACUCCAUUUGAAUUCGAGCGGGUUGGUUGUUUAUUCGGUUGAUAACCAGUACUCUCUCCAAAUUUAGACAAACGUAAGGAAACACUCAGCACAAAUCUUUCAAGUUUCUUGUCAUGAAAUAUUCUGCAACAUUCCAACUGCUUGCAGCAGCAUCUCUUUUUGGCUCAUCUGGAGCACAAAAUGAUACCCAGCAACCAGGAGACAGCUGUCAAGGAAUGCAAAGAAACAACGACUGGUUCCCAAACGCCAUUUACAAUGCCUCAGACUCAGUCUCUGUCCCAGGCUUCAGAGUAAACGACACCUACCCAGAGUCAACUUGGACUUGGACUAGAUACGUCAAUUGGCACUCGACAUUCAAUGAUCGCCGGGCCAUCGCACAAACCAUUACUCUUCAGACCGAUCCCAUCCAAAACCUCACCGACGCCUCCGCUCUCCCCUACACAGGCUGCGUCGUCGUCUUCAGCGACCUCGGCAGCAACUCCAACUACAAAAACGAAGGCUCGUCCGAAAACGGCUCCUGCAACACCAUUCUCACAUCCGAAUGCCGCACCCACCUCCUCAAUACCGUAACCACCAACGCAGCCUCUCUAUCCGGCCAAAUCUCAGGAAGUCGCAGCAGCUUCUCAUGUCUGGAACUCUUCGGCGCCGGCGGGAGUCCGAACAGUGAUGGACCAUGUGAGGGCCAAUGGAGCGAAACGCUCUCGAGCCAGUUCCUUCCGAAUAACUUUACUGAUCGGACGAAUGUUGCUGAGCCAGGCUGUCCGGUGACAAAUGUGGGGAACUCGACUCUUGAGGAUGGGGUGUUCUUCAGCUGGUUGCAGCCUGGUACGCAGGUUAAUAACUUCACAUUGUAUGAUCGUGCGGUGCUGAAUGCGUUGCCGGUUUUGACGGUGGCGUGGCUGAAGGCUACGGGUGGUGAGACGGGGAAUCAGGUUGUGGUUCAGGGUGAAGGGGGUGCUUGGUUGGAUGCGAGGUUGAUGUGUAUUACAGCGAACCAGACGCAGCCUGGGAGUAGAAACUUGAUAGAAGUGGAGAGUGAUGAAAGUGGUGCGGUGAAGAUGGCUGGUAGUUGGACUUUGAUGAGUGCGGUUGCGCUGAGUGUUGCCAUUGGAUUGGUGAUAUAGGUAGACUUUGGCGUGGAGAUGCCGUGUCAUAUUGGAAGUUACCUAAAUGAUAUUGAACAUCAUUCAAUUCGACGAGAAGGAC